AUGGAAGGUCGUGGCCGGCGCUCAACGACUAGCCCCAAGGACGCGCUAUUUAUGGCCCUCACCGUGUUGAAACACUUUUUAACAUGGGAAAAACACGCAGCUGACUUUGGGUACAAGGCACCAACCUUCGAGAAGCUCAUCAUGCGCGUCCUACACGCUUUUCAGCCUGUGCUCUACGGCGAGUUGAUUCGAGUUCCAUCCAUGUCCGACAUGUCCAACUCGGAUCGACGAUUUGACCAUUUUCCGUACGCGUUGUAUACAGUCGACGUGAAGUUUCAGCCAGCACAGCGUCCAACGGGACGCUUCGCGGAGCAGAAACAUUUCUUCAGCGGGAAGCACCAUCUAUAUGAUUACAAGAUCGAGGCAAGCGUGUCACCGGAAGUCCGAUGUGUCCCAGGAUCUGUGCAUGACCAGACGAUAUUGCACACCCGCACUGCCAUUCACGCGACCAACCUGUUGAAGUCGGCGGGUGAGCAGGAUGUGCCAGACUAUGGUGAGUUGAGUACGCAGUACCGGGGGUCGUGGGCGUGUUUGGUCGACAUGGGCUACAUCGGAAUUGCCCACUCGCUGCGGGGUAUUCAUCCGAAGCGUCGCCCGGUGCACGGCGUAUUGGAUGCCCAUGACAUGGAUCGAAACCACGACAUCUCCUCCGAUCGGGUGGUUGUGGAGAACUUUUUCGGUCGCGUGUGCUCUCUCUGA